GCCAACUCAGAAUCAGGAUCUGAUUCGGGAGCAGAAAAUGAGUGUCCAACCACAAUACCUACACGAGGGCCGACGCAAAUGAAUGAAAUAUCCAAACUAAUGGAUCAGGGCAAAAGAGUGGCCCUCGAAGUUAAUGAUAAAGGUCAAUACUGUGGAAAAAGCUACGCGAAGCUCGUAUCCACUCUGGGAGUCAGAUGUCGGCAGACAAUAGGGUUGGCUUAUAAAAACUGGAAAGAAGUCAACCAGACUCUGAAAAAUAAAGUUUGGAAAGACAUUCAGACGGGGUUCAUUGUGCCGGACACCUUCAAACAUGAUUGUCUCAUCCUAGCUGGGAAGUUAAUGAAAGACUUCAAGAAUAGGAUGACAAAAGACAUCAUAAUGCCCGCGUUGAAAGAGAAUAAUCUGGGACGACUGGCACAAGUCCCUGAAAAGCACCCGGAGAUCGACGCUGCUGAUUGGUGCAAAUUUGUUGAAAGUCGACUAACUCCUGAAUUUCUGGAAUUGAGUAAGGUGCAACGUGAACGUUCCUCAAAAAUUCAAUCCAGACAUCGAAGUGGUCGGAGUGGAAUGGUGAACGUACGGGAAGCUGUGAAAAAGGACCUCGAAGUUGCAGAUCCUCCCCGCCACCGUGUUUGGAUUAAAUCUCGCACCAAGAGUAGAAAACUUGUCACUGAUUACGACAAGGAAAUUGCCGAGAAGAUAGCUCAAUUAGAGGAGAAGCUUAGUCAGGGACAAAUUCAGGUCCAGGGCCAAAACGAUAUCCUCACGCAGGCGCUCGGGACACCAGAGCAUCCUGGACGUGUCAGGGCUGCUGGGUUCCUGACCAGGGCAUCUCAACUGUUCGGCAGGAAGAAAAGGGAAGUGUCUGAUGUUGUGGCUCGGCAAGCGAAGGAGAUUGAACAAUUAAAAGCCGAAGUCCAAUCCCUUAAGCAGCAGAGGAACGCUGCCGAACAAGAGGAAGAAGGAGAGGUGGCUGGUGAGGCGUAUGUUCCACAACCAUACGCUCCUCAGGAUGAGGUACAACCACAAAUUUAUGUUGAGGAGUUCAUUUCCCUCAACGACCAAGGUAUCCUAUACAAUUUUGAUGACCAUCCGGCCCUUAAUCAGCAAGUACAUCUCUGCUCUGACAACAUCGACAAUAUUGUGGCCCGAGGGUAUUUGUACGAGCAUGUGGGUAAGAUCAAAGUUCACUGCCAGGAUUACGAUGAUUCACAUGCUCGGAUCAUGGUUUCGGAAAUCCUGCAAGAGGACGCUGAAAUCCCAGUCCCAAUUGAAGAGUUCAGAUAUGUUAGGGACGUGUACCAGAUGUUCCUUCCUUGGCCUAAACACUUAAUUUUAACAACCGAGGGUCCACUCGCUCAACCGCCCUCAAGACGUGAUGCGUCAAAGGGGAAAGCUCCGAUGCUUUCUCCACAAAGCCGUGGUGCACGGGAAGAUGAGUUGUUCACGGAAGAGAAGAUGGCGUUGAUCCCUAAUUCGCUAAAAUGGAUGAUUCAUGAAUUCCUAAGGCUCAAAGAUAAACGUGAUAUAAUCACAAUUUCUGUCCCCCGAGGAUUCAUUGCACCGCGUACCCAGAUCAUUUUAUCUGGAGAGGAUUUGCAGCAGGUUGCUACGUGUAACUACAUCGACAACCAGGGAAUGCUGUUUGGAAUGAUGCACAUAUGGGAGAGCAUCAACGGUCUGAGAAAAAUUUUCAAGUUUUACGACCCAGAGCUUCUCACAGUGCAUGGGAUCAGCGAUGAAGAAUAGAGUCAGUCUUUUGACGAUGCGGCAAGACGAUUGGCUAAUUGGUUAUCAUUAAUGAACAGCAACCACCAAAUGUUCUUUAUUCCUUGGAAUAUCGGGUAAACUUUAUUAAAUUCUUUAGUGCUAAUUGUUCAUUUCUAUAUUAUGUCUUCAAAUUAUUUUUAUACUAUCUUACUUAUAUUCCAAUAUAAUUUUUUAGGAUGCAUUGGACGCUAGUGGUGGUUGCGCCAAGGAAAAUUAUC